AUGGCCAAACUAUCAACAUUACUCUCCGCUGUCUUCUUGGCCAUUGGAGGCUUUCUUUUCGGAUAUGACAGUGGUAUCAUCACCUCGACGAUCGGCCAAACCGAGUUCAUCCGAUACUUUAACAACCCGAACGACACGGUGACGGGGGGUGUAGUAUCCGCCUUCCAAGGCGGUGCCAUUCUCGGAACCAUCAUCAACAUCUUCACUGGUGAUCGACUGGGACGGAAAAUGUCCGUCUUUGUCGGUGCCUGCAUCUCCAUUGUGGGCUGCGCGCUGCAAGGCGGGGCGAUCAACAUGACCAUGCUCAUCAUCGGUCGGUUCAUUGCGGGUGUAGCUGUGGGCAUGCUGACCGCCACCGUGCCCAUGUACGCCGGUGAGAUGGCCGAAGCCGCAUCCCGCGGAAUGAUGUCGGGUCUACUGCAGUGGAUGUUGAGUUGGGGGUCUUUAGUUGCGCAGUGGUUGGGAUAUGGAUGUUCCUUCAAUAGUACCGAUUUUCAAUGGCGCUUUCCACUUGCGUUUCAAUGCGUCCCUGGUCUUGUUCUCAUGACCGGUGUCUGGUUUCUCCAGGAAUCCCCCCGUUGGUUGAUGGAACAAGACCGCCACGAGGAGGCGUUGGCUACACUACACCACCUGCAUGGCGACGGCACUCCAGAAAAGUCGCAGUACAUCGAGCUGGAGUAUCAAGAGAUCCGGGACACCAUCGAGGCGGAGCGCGCACACAACACCAUUACUUGGACCUCCAUCCUCACCAAACCUUCCUGGCGUCGUCGCCUGAUCCUCGGCUGCGGUGUGCAGGCCUUUGGCCCAUUGUCAGGAAUCAACGUCAUAAACUACUAUGGGACGCGCAUCUACAGCUCAUUGGGCAUCGACACGCGCACCACCCUGAUGAUCAUCGGUAUCUCAGGCGGCCUGUCCAUCAUCUAUUGCACCGUCGGACUCUGGGCUCUCGAGCGGGUGGGUCGGAUCCGUCCGCUAAUCGUGUCAGCGGCGGGCAUGGCAGCAGCACUGGUGUGCAAUGCAGCCAUGUCCCAGCAUUAUAAUGAAAGUAACACUAAUCAGCUACGGGCAAUGGUCGCAAUGAACUUCGUCUUCAGCCUGUUCUAUACAUCGCCAGGUAUCAUCUCCUGGGUCUACCCCGCGGAGAUCUUCCCCGUGGAUAUUCGAAACCAAGGCAAUUCCAUCACCACUUUUACUAAUUGGACCGUCAAUCUGGUCUUCGCACAGUUCUCGCCUACAGCCCUGUCCAACAUUGGCUUCCGUUACUUUUACGUCUUCUUCGUCUUCAACCUCAUUGCUAUGAUCUGCUAUAUCUUCUUCUUCCCGGAGACCAAGGGCAAGACCCUCGAACAGAUGGACGAGCUGUUCGGGGACGUGAUGACUCCUCCUGGAGACCUAAAGGGGAAGGAUGAGCCCCAAGUAACAAUGAUUGAAGACGCUAUGAAUGUUUCAUCCUAA